AUGAAUAAUACAGUGAUGCUGGAGGAACUCAGCAGGCCGGGCAGUAUCCGUAGAGAAGAGCAGAUGGCCAACGUUUCAGGUCAAAAAGGGCCGCGGUUAGUUGGUGGCAAGGACGACUGUUCAGGUAGAGUGGAAAUACUAAGGGGCGAAACCUGGGGAACGGUCUGCGAUUCUUACUGGGAUUUAGAGGAUGCGGCUGUCGUCUGCAAUCAUCUCCGUUGUGGAACUGCGAUAUCUGCGCCUGGAGGAGCAUUCUUCGGUGAGGGAAAUGGUUCGAUAUGGAACGAUAUCAAUGAAUGUCGGGGCAACGAGAUGCGUUUGAAUGAUUGCCCAAUUGCAUUAUGGGGACAACAUCCAUGCACACACAAAAAUGACGCCAGCGUUAUCUGUUCCGUUGAUCGUUGGCAGUUGCGACUGGCUGAUGGACAGGGCCGUUGCGAUGGCCGAGUGGAGGUUUAUUACGCCGGCGUCUGGGGCAGAGUAACUGACGGGCUGUGGGAUUUCAAAGAUGCAGAUGUGGUAUGCAGACAGCUGAGCUGUGGCUCCGCAAUAAAUGUUUACAACCACUCGAAGUAUGGAAUUGGGAAAGGACCAGUGUUAAUGAACAAUGCCAGUUGCAAUGGGAGUGAACCCCACCUCUGGAACUGCACGUUCACGCAACAUAAUCAUUUAUCUGUCGGUGAUGAUGUUGGCGUGUUUUGUUCUGAUAAUAUUCCUAUAAGACUGGUGGACGGUGGAAGUCGUUGUGCCGGAAGGGUUGAAGUUUACUACAACGGAACCUGGGGAACCGUGUGCGAUGAUUCUUGGGAUUUAACAGAUGCCCACGUUGUCUGCCAGGAACUGAAUUGUGGGUAUGCUGUUAAUGCUACGGUUUCCAGUUGGUUUGGUCAAGGUUCAGGUCCUAUCUGGCUGGACAACCUGAAAUGUUCAGCGAAUAAUUCGGCCUUGUGGCAAUGUCUUCCCAGAUCAUGGGGCGAGAACGACUGCAUUCACAAAGAAGAUGCUGGAGUUAUAUGUUCGGGUGAGCAGGAUAUAAGGUUGGUGGAUGGGAAGAAUCCCUGCCAGGGCAGACUUGAAGUUUUCUUUAACGGGACAUGGGGCACCGUUUGCUCGGAUUCUUUUAACAACGAGAAUGCAGAAGUGGUUUGCGCCCAGCUCAACUGCGGCUCCGCAACAUCUGUGGAAAACAGUGUGGUAUUUGGAAAGGGAUCUGGACCGAUCUGGCUCGACGAUGUGAGAUGUCGCGCGGAUGACUCUCUUUUAUGGCAAUGCCCAUCCGCACCCUGGGGUCAACAUGACUGCAACCACGAAGAGGACGUUGGGGUCAUUUGUUCAGGUAGUCCGUCUUUUAUUUCAGACCUGAGGCUCGUGGCAGGGUUCAAUAAUUGCUCUGGAAGGGUUGAAGUGCUCUUCAGUGGAAUGUGGGGAACGGUAUGCGAUGAUUCCUGGGAUAGCCACGAUGCUGCAGUCGUCUGUAGACAACUAAACUGUGGAAAACCAGUCUCGGCUUCCGGCGGGAAGUUUUUCCCCCAAGGAAACGGCACUAUUUGGAUGGACGAGGUUAACUGCAAAGGAAGUGAGCACUUCCUGUGGGAUUGCCAAUUUUCUGCAAUGGGUCGUCAUGAUUGUGGACAGAAAGAAGACGUCGGAGUGAUAUGUUCUGGUCAUCAGCUGAACGCUGCUCCGUUUAGUUACUUCAGAGCCUUCGUUUACGUUAUCCCUUGCAUUCUGGGUUCCCUUCUGGUCGUCGUUUCACUUUUUCUGGUCAGAAGGCUACGAAGAAACUUCCGGAAUGGCGAUGGAAAAUGGCAGCCCUCUAUGACUGGGUUUCCUGAGCCGUUUUAUGAGGAGAUCAGUAUUCAGGAGUAUGGGGCAGAACUCGAUUCGAAAUCUAUCAGCUCGGCGAAUAAAUUGGAAUAUUAUAUGGACAAUGAUUUGCAUGAACACAAAAAUGAAAACACAGAAGGUAAGAUUGAUCGAAGUUCUAUCCCACGAUACUCCCGUCGGAACAGAGCGAAAUAA